AUGACGGGCGGUCCUUUGUGUGACCACGUACAUGAGAUUGCUAAUGCUCGGCUUCAAGUGCGUGAUUGUUGGCUAGAGGAUAGUUGGAAAAUUGACUAUCUAGCCGAAUUAGUUGGAGAGUCUGGGGCGGAGGAGGUUGUGAGUACAAUUGAAGAGCAAAAAGAAGGAGCGGAUUUGCUAAUCUGA